AGUCUUCUCCUGCGUGAGCAAGCAUGGCUUCUUUCCUUGCAGGGAGCUGCGGACCCGCAAUGGGCUUGGCUCGGAGCUUUCGAGCUGCCAAGGCGCUGCUCCCUGCGUCUGCCUCUGUCGCCUGCCGGGCCCGCGUGGGCCCGGCCCGGCAGCGGAGCACUGGACCUCCCGAGCCCGGCGCGUUCCAGCCGCCGCAGAAACCGGUCAUCGCGGACAAGCGCCUUGCCAAGCAUCGGGAAAGCAGGUUCUUGAGUCCUGAAUUCAUCCCUCCAAGAGGAAGAACAAAUCCUCUGAAAUUUCAAAUAGAAAGAAAAGAUAUGUUAGAACGGAGAAAAAUACUCCACAUUCCAGAGUUCUAUGUAGGAAGCAUACUUCGUGUAACUACCGCUGACCCAUAUGCCAGCGGAAAAACCAGCCAGUUUCUGGGGAUCUGUAUCCAGAGAUCAGGAGCAGGACUUGGAGCUACUUUUAUCCUUAGGAACACUAUUGAAGGACAAGGUGUUGAGAUUUGCUUUGAACUUUAUAAUCCUCGAAUCCAGGAGAUCCAAGUGAUCAAGUUAGAGAAACGGCUGGAUGACAGCUUGCUAUACUUACGAGAUGCUCUUCCUGAAUACAGCACUUUUGAUGUGAAUAUGAAGCCACUAGCACCAGAACCUAUGGAAGAAGUCCCUGUUAAUCAGCUGAAAGUAAAAAUGAAGCCGAAGCCCUGGUCCAAGCGCUGGGAACGUCCAAAAUUUAAUAUCAAAGGAAUCAGAUUUGAUCUUUAUUUAACUGAAGAGCAAAUGAAAGAAGCUCAGAAGUGGAGUCAGCCAUGGCUUGAGUUUGAUAUGAUGAGGGAAUAUGAUACUUCAAAAAUUGAAGCUGCAAUAUGGGAUGAAAUUGAAGCAUCAAAAAAGUCCUGAUCCUGAGAGUGAAUUUGGUUGUUUGCAAAGGACACAUUGACUCAGAGGAUUUACUUAGCCACUAAUUUCAUUUCAUAUGAAAGGACGUAGUCAUUAAAUCAACAAAGCAUUCAUUAUUUUGUGAGUACUUAAAAAAAAAAAUUUAGAAUGGCAGUUUAUUACUUUAAAAAGAGAAAAGCACAUGCCUGGUGGUCUGAUGUCCAUUAUCUUAUUAGAGGUAAAGCAAAAAACUGUCAGCAGAAUGUUCUUCUUCAUUGAGCCUGGAAUCUGAACAAGGAAGUGGACAGGAUGUUUUCUUUAAUUUGUGAGGUAAAUCAUGAAUACAGAAAAGUAUGAUAUAAAGAGUAAAAGAAUGAAUAUUCAUGUAUCCACCAUCAGCAUUUAGUAAUAUUUAGGAAGGCUAAGGAGAACAUCAGCUAGGAUCUAAGACUAUGCCUGUAUGUCUACAGUUGCAUCCUUACCCUCUUCUAGAUGUAGGCACUGUUCUGCUUUCUGUUUAUCAUUUCUUUGCAUUUCUUUUAAUUUGUUAUGUACAUAUACAUUCUUAAUAUAUUUAGUUUUUUGGGGAACCUGUUGGCAGGUAUAAAAGGAUAAAAUUGUCAUUAUUACAUGAAGGCUUCAGGGAGAAUAUACCACAGUCUGGGACAUAGUUUAGCUGGAAUUUCCCAGAGAAUUUAGAAAAAUCACUUGAGCAAUAAUGGCUAAGAUCCUGAGUGAGUACUGCUAAACAGAAGGCUCACCGCAGGGCAUCAUUAGGCAGGGCUAGAGUGUGGACUGGGUCACUGGUGUCUCAGAAAUGUGGGAGGGAGUAGACUGUAUUUCCUGGUUUUCAGCUCAUGGUGAAUCAAACAUGCUUCUAGGUGUAGGUCAAAACAGUACCUCUGUGGGGUGGUGGAAGUGUCAUUGCUGAUUUGGUAGCUGUGAAUGGAAUGGAAAGCUGGUAUAUAAUCCAACAUAAAUAUCAGCCUAGACAUAAUUUGGGCCAGGCUCAGUACCAGCAUGGCUCUAGAUAAGGGCAACCCUUAACCUGUGUAUCUCUUGAAUCAUGCUGCUCAGAUCUACCCCUGGAUGCCUAGCUAUUUGGGGAUUUGCAUUUGUGUCUGUGCUGAUGUGUUUUUGUUUUCAUUUUAUUGGUUACAAACUUGGUGAAGCACAUUGUUUGGUAGCUUCUAAAGGAAGUAUGUCCCUCCAUAAAGGUAGAUUUUUUUAUGAGACCUUGCAUGUCUAUUGUAUUUGAUUGAUACAUUAUAGAAUUCUAGGCGGGGGAUAAUUCUCCUCCAGAAUUUUGAUGAUACUGCUCCAUAGUCUUGUUUGCAGUUAUGGUGAGAAAUCCCAAGCCAUUUUGAUUUCUUUUCCUUGUAUAUGAUUGAAAGCUUGUAGGCUGUCCUGGUCAUCAGGGUAAUGAAAUUUCACAGUGAUGUGCCUUGGGGUGGGUCUAUUUCUAUCCAGUAUAUUGGGAUUUGAUAAACUCUUUUCAAUAUGGCAACUCCUAUCUUUCAGUUCUGGGAAACUUAGAGUUCAUUGAUGACUUCCUCUCCUCUGCUUCUCUCUUUCUGGAACUAUUAUUUUCAUAUUCCAUCCCCAGGCCUGGCUCUCUUCCAGUCACUACCUCACCCCACCUGCCCAAACACAUUUCUGGCCUAGUACCCAGUGCCUGCUCUCCAGAAAACCCUGUUUUAACUCCUCUAACCCCCAUCUUUGUUUUUUCAUUCAAUCUUCCAGCUCUUGUUUGCUAUCAUGUUUUAAAGGCUCAAGAUCCCUUUUUGAUAUCUGAAAGUUCCUUAAGUAGUACUCUGUUCUUAUUUUAUAUUCUUGUCUGGAUUUGUUCUGGUACCAUUGAAGAUACCCAUGAUAGUGUUUGUGUUUUUUUCCUUUGAAAUUGUUUUUUUGCAGCAUUUGUUUACUCCAAAUUCCUUUUUUCUCUGUGUAUUUCUUUGUUUUCCUGUUUUAGGCUUUUGUGGGACAUCUGGCAAUCCUUGGCUGUGUACUGAUGUUUGAAUAGUGGACUGAAAAGCCAAUUGGAAGCAUUGGACUUGGGGGAAGGGGUCUUUAGGGUUAUCUAGGUAGACUUUUUUGGGGCCAACCUCCUUAGAGCAUAAGGGUCUGUCUGCAAGUGUUCUGGGGGCCAUGGAGCCAAAAGGAUGGGAUUUCUGGCACUCCACAUGUAUAUGGCCAUCUCUUCAUUCACUCUUCCUCCCACCCCCAAACACACAUUUCUGGUACCCAGUGCCUGCUGUCUAGAAAACCCUGUUUUAACUUCUCUAAAGAACAAAUCUUUGAACUUGUGUUGGUUUGUGGAGGGCCAGACAAGCCAUGGUGGGGAGUUGAGGAAGGGAUAUUAAGAAUAUAUCUUCCAAAUAACUUUCACCAGAUCUCUCUAUUUUACUUUGUCUUUCACCCCCAGUUGGUGGAUGCAGGUACUGAAUGUGUUGACUGGGCAAUUCUGAGGAAUGACUUGGGUCGAUACCUUUCUCCACUGCUGGCUUUCCUUGCCUUCCGGGAGCCUGCCAAUCCACCCAUACUUCUUAACAUUUUUCAGAUUCAUCCAUAUUGUGACAUGUAUCAGAAUCUCAUUUUUAUGGCAAAAUAAUAUUGUUUUAUAUACCAUAUUUUGUUUAUCCAUCUUUGAAGAAUACUUACUUGGGUUAUUUCCCCCUUUUGGUUAUUGUGAACAGUGCCACAGUGCACGUUGACAUAAUAAAUCUCUGAGUUGCUAUUUUUAUAUUUCAACAUAUACUCUAAUAUAUGCCCUGGAAUGGAAUUACUUUGUCAUAUUUUUAAAUUUCUUGUGAUUUCUUCUUUGUCCCCAUUGAUUGGUAAAGAGUAUGCCAUUAAAUUUGUAAAAUUUCCGCUUGUCCUUGCCACUGAUUUCUAGCUUCAUUCUGUUGUGGUCAGAGGAAAGCAUGAUUUCAAUCUUUUUAAAUUUAUCAAGAAUUGUUUUAUGUCCUAAUAUAUGGUCUAUCCUGGAGAAUGUUCCAUGUGCAUUUGAAAAAAUAAAUAUAUUGUGUUGUCGGGUGGAGUGUUUUAUAUAUGUCUGUUAGGUAUAAUUGGUUUAUAGUGUUCAAGUCUCUUUCCUCAUUGAUCUUCUGUCUAAAUAUUUCAUCUACUUUUUUUUACAGGGGCUUAUUGAAGUUUCCAACAAUUAUAGUAUUACUGUCUAGUUCUCCCUUUAAUUUCUGUCAAUGUUUAGUUCAUAUAUUUUGGGGGCCCUUGUUUAGUGCAUAAAUUAUUGUAAUUGUUAUGUCUUCUUGAUGCAUUGACUCCUAUAUAAUAUCCUUUGUUCCUUGUAACAGUUUUUGGCUUAUAGUCUAUUUUGUCUGAUUUAGUGUAGCCAUCCUGCUUUGUUUUUGGUUGCUAUUUACGUAGAAUAUCUCCAUCCUUUCACUUUCAACAUAUUUGUGUCUUUGAAGCUAAAGCAAGCCUCUUAAAGACAUUGUGUAGCUGGAUCAUAUGUUUUUGUUUGGUUUUUAAUCUGUUUUGCAAAUCUGUCUUCUGAUUGUAAAAUUUAAUCCACUUAUUUUAAAGUAAUUACUGGUAGGUAAUGACUAUGGCUCUUUAGUUAAUUGUGUUCUGGCUGUUUUGUAGAUAAUGAUGUCCCUAUACUGGGGGGUUUUAUGUUUCGAUGUCUUGGCAUCAGUAUGCUUUGACUUCUUUAUCAUGUUCUUUCGUAUAAUUACUACAGGUUUUCUGCUUGUAGUUAGUUACCAUGAAGCUUACAUAAAAUAUCUUAAAAUUUUAUCACCCUAUUUUAAGGUGAUAACUUAAUUUCAAUGGCAUUCCUGAAAUUUACACUUUACUUCUCCUUCCCAUAACAUUUAGGCUAUUGAUGUUAUAGUUUACAUAUUUUUCAUGUUUUGUAUCCAACAGCAUUAUUGUAGUUAUGGUUAUUUUUACUUUUAAACAAGAGCUGUAAGUGAAUUACACAUCACCAUUACCAUUUUACAGGAUCUAACUUUGUAUAUUUAUGAUGACAAAUUUUACAUUACCUUCUUAUUUUUUAUAAUGUUAGUAUCCUUUCACUUUCAAAAGAAACCCAUUUCAUAGUUCUUGUAAGGCAGUCUAAUGCUGAUGAACUUCAUCAUCUUUUGUUUGUUCAAGGAGGUCUUUCUUUUGAAGGUCAGUUUUUGUGGGUAUUGAAUUUUUGGUCAACAUUUGUUUCUUUUGUUAUUUUUAAUAGGUCAUCUCAUUCUCUUCUGGCUUAAAAUGUUUCUGUUGAAAAAUUCACCAGUAGUUUUAUGGGCUUCCCUUUAUUAUAACCUCUCUCUUUUGUCUUGCUGUUUGCAAAGCUCUUUGACUUUAGGUAAUUUUUAAUAUGUCACAGUGUAGCCCUAUUCAGGCAGACUUGCUGUGAGUAGACAGGAUUCUAGUGAUAGACCUGCCACUGUGGGAAUAAAGUUGGGUAUAAACUCUUUGACCCCGAGAA